AUGGAAAUGGAAGAGCAAUAUGAAGCAUUGACACUGUAUAGUGGGAAGACAACAUCUAAUGCAAAAGUUGAACCCAAGAAAGAUAGACCAGUAAAAUCACAUACUCCCACAACAAAAGAAAUUGAAUCACCAUCUGCCUCAGACAGAACUGACAACCAUGACUCAAAUAUCUCGACUUCAACCAGAAACCUUCCAGUAACUUCAUCUAAAUCCUUAGAUCAAACUCCCGAUAAUGUAAAUUCUCAAAACAGAAACUCUUCCCAACCAACUAGUCCAGAACAUAUGCCGCAAGCACUUGAUGCGACAAAAGAACGAAAACAAGUAAGUGAAGUCUUGCAAGUCUCACCUCUCUACCCUAGUAGACUGAAAAAGAAAGAUGAAAGUUGUUGGUUCAAGAAAUUCUUGGAUGUUUUGAAACAACUUUACAUCAACAUUCCUCUCAUCAAAGCUCUGGAACAAAUGUCGAGCUAUGUGAAGUUCCUAAAAGAUGUUCUUUUGAACAAACGAAGGUUGGGUGAAUUCAAAACAGUUGCGCUAAUGCAUGAAUGUAGUGUGUUGUUUAAAAAUAACAUCCCUGCAAAACCAAGGGAUCUAGGAAGCUUCACUUUGUCAUGUUCAAUUGGGGGAAAAGAAGUCGGCCAUGCAUUAUGUGACUUAGGCACAAGCAUCAACUUGAUGUUGUUAUCUAUUUUCAAGAAGUUAGGAAUAGGUGAGCCUAGACCCACCACAAUAACUUUAUAG